AAUGCCGUACAUCAUUCCUGAGAGUUGAAAGCCUUACUUUCCGUUGGUGUAAUAUCUAUGUUGGAACGAUAAUGACCACACGCCGUGUAUUUUAACAGCCUGUUACAGUCAUUGAUGUACUGCAUUUUGAUUCGCUAUCACGCAUUGGUCGAAAGUCCGUGAUGUCUAAAGAGGAGCUUUUUACGAAGUCAGUGGGACAAGGCAUCAGAGGCGAGAGUGAAAGCGGAAGUCGGCUGGGUGUCAUCGUAACGGGGUUGCUAGGAGGCUCGCUUGUUGCCCUCUACGCCGCGGCUACGCCGUUUGUGGCCCCCGCGUUGAGGAAAAUCUGCCUCCCGUUUGUCCCCGCGACCACCGCACAGGUGGAGAAUGUCUUGAAUGUACUGCGAGCCAGGUCUGGGACCCUGGUGGACAUCGGAAGUGGAGAUGGGAGAAUAGUGCUAGCCGCAGCAAGGCAUGGAUUUCUGGCGUCAGGCUUCGAGCUGAACCCCUGGCUGGUGUGGUAUUCCCGCUACAAAGCCUGGAAAGAGGGACUGCACCGCACCGCCUCCUUCCACAUCUCUGAUUUAUGGAAGGUCAGCUUUGCACAAUACAACAAUGUUGUCAUUUUUGGUGUCCCUCAAAUGAUGGACCAAUUGGAGCUGAAGCUGGCAAGCGAGUUACCAAUCUCCGCUAAGGUGGUCGCCUGCAGAUUCCCCUUUCCCAACUGGGUUCCUGAACAUACCGCCGGGGAGGGUCUCGAUACGGUGUGGGUGUACAACGCUGAAUCAUUUCAAUCGCUCACGCACCACGGCGUGGCGAACAAGACAAUAUCAGAUCACAGUGACAUUCCAGAAUCACAUACUUGAAAGGAAAGCCAGAGUAGCAGGAGAAAACCAAUGCAAAGAUGGGGAAAACGUGCAAACUCCACACCGGAAGGCCAGAGUCCAGAUUCAAACCACAAACCUCAGAACUGUGAGGCAGACAUGCUAAUCACUAGGACAACAUGCUGUCUACUUGACAUAAUACUUUAUGUUAAACAAAUCUGUUUUCCUGUAAAAUAAACCAUCCCACAUUUCAAAGCGAUGCAUAACACUAAGUUGUCCAUAGUUGUGAAUGGUUAUUUGUUUAUAUUUGCCCUGAGACUACCAGACAACCAGUCCAGUGUAUACUGCAUCUCUCACACAGUCAUGAGGAUAAGCAUUGGAAGAAAAAUUAAUGACUUAUUUUUGAGUAUGUAGAUUAUUUAUUUGUAUGAAUAUGUGACUUACAGCUGCAUUGUGUGUUCAGGUUCAUGUAUUAAGACAAUCCAGCCUACAAGUUGAA